AAUGCGAAGGACGAAGAAGGGUGCGGUGGUCCUUCCAGCAGCGCCCGAGGGGCAGAUGCUCCACAAGCUGAGGGCGAUACGGCCGCAGGCCCUGAAUCCCAUGCUCCUGCGAUACCGGUUGCAGGAUCAGCGUCGAGCACAGAGGGUGCACCCAUUUCCGAGCCCAAGGACACUCCCGGCGCUCAAUCAGACGUGCAGAGUUCCAACAGCCCAGCGGAGAGUCCCCCAAAGACGGGGGCCAAGGGCCCUCCAAAGAAAGGGGGCAAAGCUGGCAAGGGCCCGCCACUGCCUGGAACUACGGGCGAGCUCUGCGCUGUUCCGGAUGCUGCGUCUGCUGUGCCGGAAGAAGCCGCCACUCCUAUAUGUGUCAGCUCACCUUCUUCAGAUAAGGCAGCGCCAAAGCCAAAGGGACCCUUUGCCAAGAAAGGGAAGGGACCUCCGCUACCAGGGCAGGCUGGAAAGGGGCCUGCUGAAGCAGACACGUCCCCCGCGGCAUCUGCGCCAGAAGAGCAGGCCGCGACGGAGGGUGCAAAAGCUGCUGGCCCUCCUGGGAAUAAGGGAGGAAAGGGACCUCCUUUGCCCGGACACAAAGCUGCCGGAGCACCUGCAGAAACGGCUGAAGGCCCCCACCCCAGUGCGGAGGAACCCAAGACAAGCCCAGAAGUACCGAAGACCAAAAGCCCCGGGAAGAAAGGUGGCAAAGGCCCGCCCCUCCCCGGGGCGAAGGCGCCGGCAGAUGCCGAACCCGCCAAAGAUGCGCCCCCCGCCCCAGA